CACGCGAGGCGAGACGUGGAAAUCAGGGAGCCAGCAGCCAGCUCCCACUUGAUGUGAUUGAUGAUAAAUACGCGUCAAGUCGCUUCAUACGCCUCCCUUUCUCGUUGGAUCCCCAUCCCCAUCCCCAUUCCCUUCUCCUCGCUUCGCAAGCUGCUCCGAGUCCCUCCCAUGCCGUCCUGCAGCUAGCUGAGCUAGCUCGUGCUCCCCGUCCGAGCCCAGGUACAGGUCGCGUCGUGCUGUUCGUGGGGCUGCAUUGCUCGGCGAGCGAUGGACGUCGUCGUCGGGUUGCCGUCUUCUCCGCCCGAAUCCGGGUGCUCCUCGCCGUCCCUGACCGCGUCGCCCGAGUUCGAGUUCUGGAUGGUGGGCAAGAACCCGGGCUCCUUCCCCUCCCCCGCCCUGCUCACCGCCGACGAGCUCUUCUCCGACGGCAUUGUGCUCCCGCUCCACACCCUCCAGGCCCCUCCUGCCUGCCCCGACGCCGAGCAAGACCAGGGUGAAGAAGGCGAGGACACUGAGGCCGAUGCCGACCCCAACAAGCCGCCGGAGGAAGAAGGGGAGCCUGCCACGCAGGCGCAGCCGCUCGCGGAGGCCUGCGCCGUCCCGACGCCGGACCUCCCCGCGGUCACCUUCAAGUGGAAGGACAUCUUCAAGGCCACCGGCGAGUCCAAGGAACGCGCCAAGAAGGCGGAGCGCCGCGUCAGCAGCGUCAGCGGCAACGCCGAGCUCAUCAACAUCAACAUAUGGCCCUUCUCCCGGAGCCGCUCCGCUGGCCACUCUACCUCCGGCGCCAGCGCCGGCGCUAGCAGCAAGGCCAAGGCGACCAGUCCCAGCACCGGCAACGCCAGUGCCGCUGUUCCCAGCGCACCGGCGGCUCCAGCGACGGCGGCCGGGCGCAAGGUUAGCAGUGCGCCGUGCUCCCGGAGCAACUCCCGCGGCGAGGCCUCCGGUUCGGGGGCGCCGGCCGUCGCCAUUGCGGCGGCAGCUGAAAAGGCCGCUGCCCAAGCGCCCGCCACGUCCAUGCUGAGGCGGUGGGUUCCCGGCGGUCAGAGCAGAGCAGUGCUCGGCACAAACGGCAUCCGCCUGGGCAGGGCCAGCCCCGUCUGGCAACUGAGGCGCAACAAGCUACAGCAUCAGCAAGCCGCCGCGGAGCAGAAGCAGAGCAGCAAGAACAAGGCCGUCCCCGAAGGCGACGCCGCGACGAGCCAAGGCCAAGCGGACGCCGGUGAAGCAGACAAGGCGACGGCGUCGGCCGCAGAUGCAGCGCCGGCGACUGUGAGCGCGCCAGCCGCCGCGUGCCGGAACAACGCGGCCUGCGCGGAAGUCGCCGGCGAGGAGUGCGUCCCGCCGCAGGGGCUGUUCGGCCUCCGCACCUUCUUCUCCAAGAAGGUGUACUGAUCCCGACACACCGCGCCAUGCGUGGCCGUGGCCCCCUCACUGAAUGUACAUAGGACUCGAGCUGGUACAGGCUCGCCUCGUCGAUCCCUUCCACGACCCCCUCCGCCGCCCGUUCGUUCGCUAGCUUAAGCAUUCUUUUCCUCUUACUUAUCUCUGUACUGUACUACGCAUCGCCAUGAAUGAUAGCUCAGCUCAAGCUGCCGUCCUCUCAA